AUGGCGGUUCCAACGGCGGUGAUGUUAACGGCGUCGAUGGUUUCGUUGUACGUCGGGGAUUUGCAUCCCGUUAUCACUGACGGGACACUCUUCAAUGCUUUCAAUUCGUUCAAAGGAAUAUCCUCUGUCCGUGUUUGUGGAGAUUCAUCCACAGGAAGGUCUCUUUGUUAUGGCUAUGUUAACUUCAGUUCUCUCGAGGAUGCACAUUAUGCAAUGGAGAAGAUGAAUCACAGUUCGAUUCAUGGGAAAAUGAUUAGGGUGGCAUGGUCACUUCGAGAUCCUGAUGCAAGAAAGAGUGGAGUUGGAAACGUGUUUGUCAAGAAUCUAAGUGAAUCAAUCGAUAGUGUGGGGUUGCAAGAGUUGUUUCAGAGGUUUGGGAAUGUAAUAUCCUGCAAAGCUGCAACAUUUGAGGAUGGGAAAAGCAAAUGUUAUAGAUUUGUUCAAUUUGAAUCUGAAGAAUCUGCAACUGCUGCUAUUGAGAAGCUUGAUAACAACAUGAUUGGUGAUAAACAAGUAUUUGUUGGGAAAUUUAUGAAAACGUGUGACAGGAUUUUGCCAAGUCCUGAUGUAAAUAUACAAAUCUCCUUCUCAAAUCUGAUCGAGACACCGGACUUUACAAUAGCCCCAAAUCUGGAAAUUUUGAUAUUGGAAGGUUGUACAAGAAUAGUAGAUGUCCAUCCAUCAGUCGGAGUUCUUACGAGGCUUAAACUUCUGAAUUUAAGAAGCUGCACAAGUCUUAGGAAUCUUCCAACCAAAAUUGGAAUAGAAUCUCUUGAAACAUUAAUCCUAAAAGAUUGUAGAAACCUUAUUAGUCUCCCAAGCAGCAUUGGUGGGUGUAAAUGUCUAAAAACUCUUGAUCUUUCUGGCUUCUAUAAAGUUGAAAAUUUGCCAGAGAAUUUGCAGCAAGUAGAGUUGUUGGAAGAGCUCGACUUAAGUGAAACAGCCAUAGCAAAACUACCAUCCUUCAUUUUUCAACUUAAAAAUCUUAAAGUUUUGUCUUUGAAUAGGCUCAAGGGACCAUCAUCUAAUAUAGGACCAAAUCUAACUUCUCUUUUCCAGGUAUCAUCUAAUAUAGAGUCUGUGCCUCUGAUGUUACAUUCAUUGUCAGGUUUGAGAUCAUUAAGAGAGCUGAAACUAAGGAACUGCAAUUUACAUGAAGGAGAUAUUCCUAGUGAUAUUUCUUGUUUAUCCUCUCUGGAAAAACUUGAGCUUGGCGGCAACAGUUUCAUCAGCAUACCUGUGCUUGGUACUGGACUUUCCAGGCUUCAAUAUCUUGGAUUGUCAAAUUGCAGGGAGCUUAAAUCGUUUCCUAAACCUGGUGCUUCUCGAGAACUAUUUGCAACUCCAUCAAAGGUUUGCAACGCAGUGGAUUGGACACAGUUUUCUGGCCUUCACUGCUACAGAUUGGUUGAGAAUAUCAAUGCAUUAACAUUGCUGAAAUUCCAUCUUAAGCGAGUUGCAUAUUUAAAAAAAUUUUUGAUGCUGUUAUACCUGGAGGUGAAAUAUCAAAAUGGUUCAGCCAUAAAACAGUUGACUCUUCAAUCAAGAUACCACUGCCUAACAAUAUUCAGAAUGAUGGUCAAUGGAUCGGAGUUGCUUUCUGCUGUAUUUUUGUCAACGAUGACGCUUCAAGGAAUGAGGAACUCACAUGUGAAGUUGUUAUCCAUCAUAAGAAUUCCAGAAAAGAUGGUUUCACUACAUGGCCGAAUGUACUCAAACAAUGGGGACCAUGCAUGGCUUCACUACAAAAAUAAUAUGAUCGCUCAAACAAUGCAAGUCUAG